GGGAUGUAUAUGAAUAUUGUAGUCGGAGAAUAUUACCAUGACCUCAACGGUGACAACAGAGGUGGUGACCUUCCCAUCAACCAUGACAGACCGGCGGCGCAUCUGUAUCUUGAUACAAACAGCGUCACAGAUCAAAAUCUGCAGUGGAACUCCUCCGCCGGGUAUGGGACGGCACACGUGACUGGGGAUGUUACCUAUAGCAACGGACGUCUACAUGUGCCACGUGACGGCAUGUACUACAUCUACUCCUUCCUUACAAUACGUAGCGACGUCGUCACAAACGACGACCUGAACAUUGUCCACAGCGUCCAGAAGUACAACUCUGACCACAUAGACACAGACAGGCACCUUCUCCUCAUGGGCAAGACGUCAUUGAAGGAGAGACAUGGGCAGUUCACCAACAGUUUCUUGGCGGCAAAUUUGAAAUUGAAAAAAAAUGAUGAACUAUUUGUCAGCUUGUCAAACACGUCCUUGGUAUACACAUUUCCACCUGCUAAUUAUUUUGGUGUCCACAUGUUGUAAUAUCAGUUUAGAAAUGUGACCAAUAACAAGAUAUAACCGUCACAUCAAUAUGAAU